CUGUGGUGACGAUGUGGUUCCUUCUCCUGUUCCUCCACUCCUUCACUCACUUUGAGCCCGUCAGCUUAGAAGAUAAUUUCCGUCUCUUCCUGAGGAGCAGCCAGGGUCCUUGUGAAGGUCAUGUGGAGGUCUCGUAUAACGGCGAGUGGGGCUACGUUGGAGACAAAUAUUGGAACACGACCACCGAAGAGGUGGUUUGCAGGAGCACUCACUGUGGGACGCCGGUGGAGAACUCAACCAGAAGUGUUCGCAGGUCCAUGAAGAAGAAGGUUUGGCUCAACGAGCUGAAGUGUGACGGUAAUGAGAGCAACCUGUGGGACUGUCCCAACUGGCCCGGCCCAGGAGUCAGCUUCUAUCAGAAACCCACGGUGAAGAAGGUCAGAUGUUCAUAUAAAAUCAAAAUCGAGCUGAAACCACACCGAUGUGAAGGAGCUGUUUGGUACUCUGUCAACGGGAAACAUGAAGGUUACAUUUGCAACGACAAAUUCUCCGAGGCAGAUGCGGAGCGUUUGUGUGAAAGCCUGCAGUGUGGAAGCUUCAGUAAGAAGCUGAAUCACGAGUGGACGAAGGAUGAAAAGCAGCAGACGGGGAUGAAGAUCGAUUGCUCGGGUCUUAAUAAUGUGACUGAUCUGUGGCAGUGUGCACAACAACAAACCACCUGUAAAUCGCCCGCCUCCAUCUCGUGCAAAGGCCACGACGUCCUGCAGCUCGUAGGAAACCAGGCUGAUGUUUGCUCCGGACAGCUGGAGAAACUAAGCGACAACGAAUGGAAACCUUUUCAAAAACACAAAGUUGAUGCGGCAAAGCUGUGCAGCCAAAUGCACUGCGGCACCUUUGGUGUCUACGACCAGCUGAACCAAUCCCUGGCUUGCUCAGACAGAGUCGAAGUGUUUCUGAAGAACGACAUGGGAGAGAAGUGUUAUGGUGAGGUCAUGAUCCGGCGGAACGGCACCGAUCGUGCCGUCUGCGGCUCCAUCUGGACUGAAAAGGAGGCUAAAAUAGUCUGCUCAGAGCUAAAGUGUGGGACAGUUUUAAAACAUUCAGUAAAACAAUCAGAACAAUCAGCAGGACGGAGACGAGAACCAGGGUUGAUGGACCACGUGAAGUGUGAAGGCAGCGAGGCGUCGCUGUGGCACUGCCGAGCUAAACACGUGAACUUAAAAUGUCCCUCUGUACCUCAGGUUAUCUGUUCAGAAAGCAUGGCCAUGAAACUGGUGGACGGUCCCGGAAAAUGUGCUGGGAAACUGAUGGUCAAGAGCGAGGGCCGGUGGAAACAAGCCAGUAAAGCCAGUUGGUCUAAGAAAGACUCAGAUUUUGUCUGUCGACAGCUGAACUGCGGUGACAAAAGUAGAGAUAACGCUUUAAAAUUCAACAAGGGUGGAAGUGAAUUGAUCAAGAUGAAAUGCAGCUCAGGAAAAACGAUCACACACAUACACGACUGCAUUGAUCCCAACCAAAUAAACCCAACUGAUGAUCCGUUGGCAAUAACCUGCGAGGAACACAAGGUCGUGCUGCUGAAUGGCUCGUGUUCUGGCCUCGUGGAGAUAGAACAUGGUGACAGAAGCUAUUUGCUCUCUGGGUCCAAUGAGACGUGGAACCAGGAAGCAGCAGACACAGUCUGCAGACAGAUGCAUUGCGGGAAGGCAUUAAACUUCAGUGUCUCCCUUCACAACAAGAAAGAACCUCUAUGGGGAGAAUCUCGCCGCUGCUCGUCCAACGACACAUCGUUGUUCGAGUGCAACGCCAUAGCUCUUCCACCUGACCACAAUGACACCGUCGCCAGUGUGACGUGCUCAGGGGAGAUUAAUAUGACUCUAUCCAGUGGCUGCUUUGGAUUUGUGGAAAUUUCUGCAGCAGGAAAAAAGGGGCGUGCGUGCGGUGACACCUGGACAAACGACAUGUCCAAGCAGCUGUGCAGGGAUCUGGGUUGUGGGAAUGACAUCCUGGAAUCAAACAAGCAGGACAAAACCCAAAUCUGUUUCAAAAGUUUCCAUGGCAGGGGACGCUACUCCAGCCCAAGCACAUACAGCUUUAACCUGAUGGAGCACGGUGAAAGGUGUGACCAAAGUGCUGUCUAUGUUGUCUGCACAGGUAGUGUCAAGCCAAGAUUCAAGGCGUCCCAGGAUAAGUGUUCUGGUAACAUAGAGAUGAGUUAUGAUGGAAAAUGGUUACCAGUGUCCAAGGACUCGCUUGAACAUCCUCAAACUCGAAACACCAUCUGUGGGGAGCUGAAGUGUGGUGAUGCUGAAAGUGUGACCGACUACUUUGGACCUCCAGUGGUGGAUGGUGCCAUCAAGAUAGGAUGUUCCUCAGGGAAAAUGGAAACUUGCCAAAUUUCUAUUGAGAAACAACCUAAAGCAUCCUUAGGGGGCCUCCGAUGUGCUGAGUGGAAGAAGAUGGCCUUGGAAGUUGACCAUGCCUGUGAAGGAGAUGUCUCCAUCUACUCGAAAGGAGCAUCUGAGGACAAACGGUCUGUAGUUUCCAGUCAAGGCUGGACUGAAGCUGAAGGACGGAUUCUUUGCCAGAACUUGAGAUGUGGCGACUUCUUAUCAACAAAUGAGUUGUUGUUGGAUGAGAGUGAGACUCUUUGGGGGAAAACCUUUAAGUGUUCUGGUAAUCCUCAAAGUAUUUGGGACUGUGAAACAGAAAAGCUGCAAGCAAAGCCAGAGAAAAAGGCCUAUCUAAAAUGUCAAGCAAAGCCCAAGGUCACACUUGCACAAAAAUGUUCGGGAGAAUUGAAGAUAGACAGUUCUCCUGUGUGCAAGACGGGGUGGAAAACCGAAUAUUCUCACAGGGUUUGUCAAGAACUGAAUUGUGGAAAUGCCAUUGAACAAGACUUGGAAGGCUCAUCCUACAAUGCAGAGAAAUUUUAUGUCCAAUGUGAUGACCACAAUCAUCUCAUUGGUCAGUGUAAGAGAGUCCUUGGAAAGUGCCAAAAGUCCGUUUCUAUUUCCUGCACGGAGAGUGUUGAGUUCAGCUCCACACAGAGAUGCGGCGGUCUGGUUGAGAUCAGGUAUAAUAUCAAUCGGUACCUAAAAGUGUGCAACGCAAACUUGGAUCAGCCCGCGCUGAACAACCUGUGUCAGAGGAUCGGCUGUGGUCCGUACAACUACUCAAGCACAGAGGGCCCAUUCAAAGAGGCCAGCUUGGCAAGCCUGGAAUGCCCAGCUACUUACCGGGAUGCUCGGUACUGCAUCAAACAAUGUCAAGCUACAACCCGAGCUUCCAUCUAUUGUGAAGGCUAUCAGCCAUCUAGAACAACACCAAGUCCCACCCAGAAAACCAAUCCAAUACCUAUUAUUACAGCCGUGGGAUUUGUUCUCAUCCUGGUUAUACUGAUUGGCGUUUUUGUAAGAUACCAUGUUGUCAUGAGAAACAGGAGAUCCAGAAGGUCAGCAAAUUCGCUGCCAGGCCAGGGAUCUGAGUGGGAAAGUGGGAACUACGAAGAUGUGGACAAAUCCAAUGAAAUCCAGUCUACUCAUGAUGUUGUUUUUGCAGGAUUCCGAUCAGAAUCUGAGUUCAUGCCGGAGAAAGAUGGAGAAAGUGCCAACAGUUACGACGAUGUGGAUGAAGUGACCGAGUCUCAGCCCCUGACGGCUCCAGGUUCCUCUGCAGCUGCCCCCAAAGACAACUCCAUCCAGGAAGAAGAUGGUGUGACCUUCGAAGUGGACGACCCACAGGAGGACAACUACGACGACAUUGGGGUCACUUCUGAGGCGACGCAGGUUAAAGUGGACGUCUACGACAAACCCAAAACCACUGCUGGAAGUGACACAGAAGCUGCUGAAAAUCUGGUGCAGAAUGAUGGGGAUUAUCUGGUACCGGGCCAAGAGGGGUGAGCCAAUAACGGGCCGAGAUCUUCUUAACAUAAAAUCUAUAAGGAUGGAUGACAGGAAAACCAAUUAAAAGAUUUUCAAAGUGAGACCUUUACAAACCACA